AUGAAUACAGGAAAAGUAUGGGCACUUAUUCGAAAAUAUCAUAACAAAAGAAUUAAACAAAAGAUUACAUCUGUUUUAAAAUAUGAACAAUUUAAAGCAAAUAGUGAUCUUGAAAAAGCAAAUAUGUUUGCAACAUACUUUGAGAAUGAUAUUUAUACAAGUACACCUGAUACAUCUGCCUUUCACAUCCAUGUGAGUGAAGUAGUUAAGACAAUUAAGAAAUCAAUUAGUACUUCAUCAAUCAAUAGUCAAAGUUUUCAAGUUAUAACACCAAAAGAACUUAAAUUCAUCCUGAAGAAAUUACCAAAUUCGGCAGCAGGUCCAGAUAACGUAGAUAAUCGAUGUUCAAAGAAUUUCACCAAAUCACUCGUUGAUCAUUUACUCAAUUUAAUGAAUGCAAGUUUAAGACUUGGUUAUGUACCAAGUUCUUGGAAAACGGCAUUUAUUAUUUUAUUACUUAAACCAGGAAAAGAUCGAUCUCAAGUAUCAAGUUAUCGACCUAUUAGUUUACUCAAACUCAAACGACGCAACAUCUUACCUCGUCAUCAAGCUGGUUUUUUAGAAGGCAAAUCUACUAUGUACAAUAUUUUAAGAUUAAACCGUUGUGCUCAACAAGCGCUUGAUCGAAAUCAUCAUGCUGCUGUAAUCUUUUUUGAUAUAAAAUCAGCUUUCGACAGCGUAUGGCAUGAUGGUUUGAUUUACAAGAUGAAUGACUUUCGUAUACCGGUAUAUUUUAUUCGUUGGAUAAUAUCAUUCUUAUGCAAAAGAACAGCACAAACUGAACUUGAAAAUCAGCUUUCUCAUUCAUUUGAAAUUAAAAAUGAAACACCUCAAGGCAGUCCAUUGUCACCUCUUCUUUAUAUUUUAUUUACAUCAGAUUCAAUGAAUUCUAUUCCAUCUCAAGUUGAUUACGGACUUUUUGCAGAUGAUACUGCAAUUUUUACUUCGAGUAAUACAACAUCUAGGGUUCGUGAUCGAUUACAAGAAUCUAUUGAUCAAUUUGUACUAUGGUGUCACCCAUGGAAACUUGUUAUUCAGCCUACAAAAACGGAACUUAUACAUUUUUCACCUCAUUCUCGUAAAAAAUAUUCAAACCCUAUUCAUCUCAAAGUAUCAAAUAAUGAUAUACGACCACAACCAUUUGCACGCUAUCUUGGAACUAGUUUUGAUAAACAAUUACGUUGGCAAGAACAUGUGAAACAUAUUGAAACAAGAAUUCAAUCUCGUAUAAACUUACUUCGAUUUUUUGAAUAG